GGUUUUAUAAUGAACGGGUCUUUAGGAGUUCGAAAGGGUGCAUGGACAGGGGAGGAAGAUGAACUUCUUAGAAAGUAUGUUGAGAAGUAUGGGGAGAGAAAAUGGUAUCAAGUUCCUCUCAUAGCAGGUCUAAAUAGAUGCCGGAAAAGCUGUAGAUUGAGGUGGCUGAACUAUCUGAAGCCAAAUAUCAAGAGAGAAGACUUUGAAGCUGAUGAAGUUGACUUGAUUCUGAGGCUUCGUAAGCUGCUAGGCAAUAGAUGGUCUCUUAUUGCGGGCAGGCUGCCUGGAAGAACAGCUAAUCACGUGAAGAACUACUGGAACACACAUCUCCGCAAAAAGCCUGUAAAUUCCUGCAACAAAGAUGCGAAAGGAAAGGCUCAGAAGACAGAAUCAGAAUGUGUCAAAGUAAUAAAACCUCGACCUCGGCUCUUAUCUAAAAACUCACCAUUGAUGAAGAACGAAUAUUCUCUUAUUGGAAACAGCAUUCAACCCGGAUACGAUCUUUGCAAGAAGCCUUUGGAUACCCAUAACAAUAAUGAAAAUACGUUGUGGUGGGAAAGCUUGUUAAGUACAGGAAAUGAAUUUGAUGAAGUCGCAGGAACUUCCGGAAAUGAGAUGGCAGUCAACCGUACUUUUGAUGAAACCAUAGAGGACGGCUUUUGGAUUAAUGACUUGUCUCUUUAGGUUGUCAAGUAAUCUAAGAUACCAGUAAUCUUCAAAUACCAAUAGUAGUUACUAUUGGUAAUAUAAGAGACCACCACUGCCACCAAGCCACCACCACC